AUGGCACAAAACAAUACCGUCUGGAAACCUCCAGUUAUUUCCAUCAAUGAAUUUGCCUUGCCUUCCUUGCUACCUUUACACGAUAAGAAGCUCGUUCGGCAAUAUAGCCAUCACGGCAGUUGUCUAGCUUCCCAUACUCCACAGAGUGACGACGAGACAUCUGGAGUCGAAACCCUAUCGCAACCCAGUGGUCAAGAUAGCUUCAGGAAGCUUGAAUGGCUGGGGGACAGCCUUCUGUAUGUUCACGCUACGCAAGUGCUCAUGAAGAGGUACCCGGGACGAUCCGUCUCAGAACUCGAGAGGAUGAGGCAAUUGCUCACCAGCAACAACACCUUGUCGCAUUUAUGCAGAUACUUGAGGCUCUACCGUCAUCUUCGAGUCGGCGCGUCUUAUAUGAUCAGUACACGGAUCAUAACGCAGAACUUGGCUGCCGAUCUAUUCGAGGCUUACGUCGGCGCUCUUCACAAAGACUCGGAAGCUCGAGGUCGGCCGGAGAUUGUGGGUGAAUGGCUAGAAAAGGUAUGGUCGCAAGAUGUCUUGCCUGGCCUUGAACAUUGGGGCCGGGCCAAACACGUCGGCCAGAAGACCGGAGACAAGCAGCACCGAGCCUCACAGGUACACAAGGUUCCGGCAGGGCAAACCAAAGGAAAGGAUGAGAAGAACAAGGGCAAAGGAAAGAAUGCGGCGAAGCGGCAGGCAGCUGUGAAGCAGGCGGAGAGAGCUCGGCUGAUGGAAAUCCAUCGUACGAGGCAGCAACAAAGCCAAGCCAAUGCCAAGCGUCAGGCCUGA